UAGAUAUACUAUGUCUAUGGUUCAUUUUCUAAUCUUCAAAUUGACAACAUGUCACAUAGCAUUCAGUCUUUUCUCUGAUAACAUUAUAUCUUCUUUAACGAAGCACAAUAGUUUUAAAUGUUUUAUUCUUUCAUAUAAUCCCUUUACAUUUGGCGAAUGACAAUUUUUUCGUCAGAGUUUUUUCAGCGAACUUAAUUUAACCUAAACCUAAACAAAAGAUUGACAAUUGAUGGAGGACUAAAGAUGGUCAUAUAGUUAUAUCAAUAUUCGAGAAACCAGAAAUAUCUCUCCUGUAUUUGCAAGGAACUUAUGAGAAAGACGGUAUGCAAAAAGUAUGCAGAUUAUGUCUUCAACCGGAGCAACGCGACGUGACACCUUUGUUUGACAACGUCAAUGACGACGAAUGUCAACGAUUGAGAUUACAGAUCGCGGAUUUGUGUUCCAUCGUCAUAUUGCAAGAUGAGAAUUUACCUAAGUUCAUAUGCUGUAAAUGCAAUGUCAGAUUACGGGACGCUCACGAAUUUGUAAAUCUUUGUAAAAAGUCCAACGACAAACUGCAUGAAUAUUAUGAAAAGAAUAAACAUUGUCAGAUCAGGGAAGUAAUAAAGGAAAAAGAACAAAAGUCAAAAGGAAGAAAACGUAAAUACGCCGGCAAGUCUUUAAGAUAUACAAAAAAAUCUUUAAGGGCAUAUUCAGAAAUUGCUCUAAGCUCAGAAACGUAUAACACUGCGUUAUCCCAGAGUACACUUAAUGUAGAAAUAAACUCAGAGGCUGAUGAUAAUGAUGGGAGCAAUCUUGGUUUUAAGAUCCGAAAAACGUCUUUAAACGGACCUAUUACGCUUGAUAAAAAUGUUCACUGCAAUGAACUGUCAAAUGACAACGAAAAGCAGUAUCUCUGUGACAUCUGCAAUAAAAAUUUCAUUUCGAUGACCGGAUUACGGUUGCAUCUUAAAUCGCAUUACGGCAUCAAACCGUACACUUGUCAAUACUGCGACAAGAGCUUUGCUAUUCCGAGUUACAAGAAGAGACACGAGAAGAUCCAUACAGGUGAUAAGCACUUUGUCUGUCAUAUCUGCAGCAAUGCUUUCGCGUCCCCGAACGGGCUGAAAUAUCAUUUAAAAACUCACACGGGGGAAGCAAACUAUCAUUGCGACACUUGCGGCAAGUCCUUCAUCCGGUACAAGUACUUGAAAGACCAUAUCUUUACGCACACUGGAGAAAAGCCAUAUGUCUGCAAAAUGUGCGAUUCCGCUUACGGCAAUUCCGGCAGCCUGUUUGUGCACGAGAAGAAAUGCAAAUCGCGGCGAUCGAUUCCAAGCAGAUGCCUCGAAAACGGUUGCACUGACAAUAAUGAUUUGAUGUAACUCGUGCAUUAAAAUUUCGUAUACAUAUAUCUUUUAAUUAAUAAUCUAAUGUCCUGUUGAUAUGGUUCUUUAUGUAGUUUUGUAAGCAAUAUAAGAAAAAACUGAGAAAGAUAUAAUCUGAGAAUAUCAUAAAGUUCAUUCCAAAUUA